GUAGUUGAACAUGGAUGAGUAGUUUUGCUUUCAGUUCAACGAAUAAUGAAUAUUCCCAGCCUUAGAUAAUCACGUGAUCAUGUUUCCCAGAACGUGGCUACUACGCGAUAGCAUAUAAACGCAAGGCGCGAACCAUCUGUCAGAUACCCCGAGUUCAUACGUGGACAGGAUGACAGGUUUUCUAAUAGUGAGUGCAUCGUUCUACAUCGUCAGAUCAUUCAUACAACGUUGUUGGGCGUGGCUCACGGGAACGUCGUCAGUGUGCUCCCAGACACAAAGUUACUCGACAGUGACGCCUGUGAGCGUCAACUACCACUUCACGCGACGAUGCAACUACAAAUGCGGUUUUUGUUUUCACACGGCAAAGACGUCGUUCGUUCUCCCCCUGGAGGAAGCUAAGAGAGGACUAAAAGCUCUCAGUGAUGCAGGCAUGCAGAAGGUGAACUUCUCUGGGGGAGAGCCCUUUCUGGAGGACAGGGGUCAGUACGUGGGCGACCUCGUGACCUACUGCAAGCACGACCUUCACCUUCCCAGCGUCUCCAUCGUCAGUAACGGGAGCUUGAUCAAAGAGUCAUGGUUCGUUAAAUACGGCGAAUACCUGGACAUACUGGCACUGUCAUGUGACAGCUUCAACCCAGAGACUAACGAGCUGAUUGGUCGACAACAGGGAAGGAGGAGUCACCUAGGCUCCCUGCAGCGAGUCCGAGACUGGUGUUACAAGUACAAGGUCGCGUUCAAACUCAACACAGUGGUGAAUACUUUCAACAAGGACGAAGACAUGAGUACCCACGUGACAGAGCUGAAGCCGUGUAGGUGGAAGGUUUUCCAGUGUUUGGUGCUGGAGGGGGAGAAUGCCGGGGAGGAUGCGCUCCGUGAUGCAGAGAAGUUCGUCAUCUCAGACGAGGAAUUCCGGGAUUUCCUCAGCCGCCACAAGGGAGUUCCAUCACUCGUGCCCGAGUCGAAUGAAAAGAUGCAGAAUUCCUAUCUAAUUCUUGACGAAUUUAUGAGGUUCCUGGAUUGUCGAUCUGGUUCAAAACAUCCGUCCAAAUCCCUGCUGGAUGUCGGAGUACAACAAGCUCUGGAUUUCAGUGGAUUUGACGAGAAGAUGUUCCUUGCACGAGGAGGUCGCUACAAAUGGAGCAAGGCUGACAUGAGACUCGAGUGGUGAAAACAGGCUUCCAUCGCACAGUGAUGGGAAGAUGCUCAUGCUUAAUGUACGGGUUCUGUACAUGUUAGAUUCUGGAGGGGAUUACGUUUUCUUAAAAAGAUAAUGAUGUUCACGAAAAUGCUGGAAUAAAAAAUUGUACUUCACCACC